UCACACAGCAGUUGUGUUUCUUUUUAUUGCAAACCUGUCAUUUAUACAAAAAAAAGUCCAACAAAUUAUAAUGGAUGUGUUAAUGGAGGAAAAGGAAUCGGAUCCUUUUGCGAUUCAGUUCCCUUUGCCAAAUCAACUCGAUCCCUCCCAGUGCCGCGAUAAAUUCCUUAGCACAAUCAUCGAGGAUCACGAACGCCGGGUGAGUACGUUGUUGGCCGCAUCUUCCAUUCGGGGCAAAUCCGUGGUUGAUUAUCCUGUGGAGACCGUGGAUCGGGUGGUCGAAAAUGGAGCAGAGGCUAUGGUGGUGCGGCAGAUGACCAGGAUGCGGAAGAGGGAGAGCGGAAGGAAGACCGUUAAGGAGGCCAUAGAAAGCAUUAAAUUGCGUUCGUCCAUGAUGACCGAGUUGAAUAUCAAAUGCCAGAAGGCGGCCAUAGAGUUCCUAUCCGUUCGCCUGCUGAAGCAACUGCGUCUCUUUUCGAGUCCUUGGCCCGGAAAGAUCGACGAGAUUCCCUACAAUCUGUUCAAGUGGCCGUUGGAUCACUUCCUGGCACGACUGGAACAUAACCAGUUGUACCUGGACGUGAUCCAUCGCGAACGGACCUCCGAGGAUCUAGACUGCGUAAAGUUCCGCACUGAUCUGAAUGAGAUCGAACAAAUUCUACACGAAAUGCGUGAGGACUUUCAAAGGGAUGACGACCUUUGCGAAAAUAGCAUAAAACUCAUACGAGAUUGCAAGUACAACACGGUUGGUGCAUGGUUUGAGGUCCUCAAGGACAAUUCCCGCAUGAGCAACAGUAGCCUGGCAAUGGAAUCCAGCGUAUCCAGUCUGGAUAUCCAUCAAACUGCACUCGCAGACCCCUUCGAAGGCAGUAGUUUGACUGAUCCGAUACAGAUGCGUUACCACAUCAAGUGGGUAAACAGCUGUAUGGAUCAGCGACUAAUGCUUAACAGUAAGCGGGAGGAUCUGCUGAGAAAGGAGUUGAUGGAACUGGAAACCAAGCUGAAACAGGACAUGACGGUGCAGCGCAGCUCGGAGAUGAUAUACUCCUGGGAAGUGGAGAAGCUCAAGAUACGCAAUAGGGAGUGGGAGGCCAAGCUGGAGCGUGAUCUGGAAAACGCCGAGGUGCAGUGCACGAUAGCCAGGCUCGCACUGCAGAAGGUCAAGGACGAUCACAAGUUCUGCAUGGAACAGGAGGAAAUGUACCAUCAAAAAAUAGCCGAGAUCAACAAGCUGAUGGGAACGCAAAAUAAAGCUGGUCAGCAAAAACAGGCAAAAUAAGCACCGGAAGUGAAAUCAGCAUGUUUAAGCCAGGAAGCCAAGAAUCCAAAAAGAAGCAGGCGAAAUGCUUGGAGCUCAUCAAAAUUCGACAACUAUUAUUUAUGUUGGCAACCCAAACAAAAUAAUCAAAAUCCCGAAAUGCAUGAACUUAACCCCAAAGGGUUGUUGCCUUCAAAGUCACUGUCAAAGGAUCAGGCCAUUGAGGGGGGUAUUCCAUCGGCCGGGG